GUUUGCGCAUCUCCAAAAAAUGUCGCAAUCGAGCGAGCGGCUCGUGCAAUUAAUUCAUCUUCAUUAAAUUUGCACUAUGUGCGUUCAUUGACCGGCACCUUCGCCCAAGCAGGAACAUGAGCGUGAGCAUUGUCCAAUAUUUCGGCAGCCAGCUGGGCAAGUGCGGCUACUGCGCCAACACCAACUGCAGCAAGUCGCACGGCAUGCACUCGUAUCGGCUGGACUGCCAGGACUAUCAGGAUCUCAUCGAUCGCGGCUGGCGGCGCUGCGGGAACUACUGUUACAAGAUGCGCAAUCGGGAGACCUGUUGCCCGUGUUACACCAUCAAAUGCGAUGCCCUGGAGUUCAAGCUGUCCAAGUCCCACAAGCGCAUUCUGCGUCGCAUGAAUCGAUUUUUGCGCGACGGCAAGCGUGAGUCAGGCCCUGGUUCUGGCACUGGCACUGGCGAUGGAGACGGCGAUGACGGGCCAGGAGGUGGCGAUGUGACUGCCAGCGAGCCGCAGCCGCAGCUGCCCGAUAAGAGUCCGGCCUUGAUCAAUGUGGAGGAGGUUACGUCAUUGGCACAGGCUCAGAAGCAGAAGCCAGCCAAGCAGGCGACAUCGGCAGCCUCAGUGUCUGUGCCGCCGGUUCAAGCUUCAACGCUGGGACCUAACAAAUCUGCAGCACCGAUCUCAAAUGCACCGCGCAAAAAGGCCAAGCAAAUGCGACUAGAGCGCCGUCAAGCCAAGCUGGGCGACACAGAAUCGCUGCCUUCAAAGGUCUGCCUUUCGCAGGAGAAGAGCUUGCGCGAUUUUCUGUCCACCAACGAGAGCGACACCAAAACCAACAAACACCAGCUAAAGAUCGUUUUGGUCGCUUCCUCAGACACACAACGCACCUGCUCCGAUGCAGUGAUAGCCUUGUAUCGCAAAUACCAAAUAGCCAUUCACCACGAUAACCCCGCACGCCUCACCCUAGCCAGUAUGCAGCGGUUCUUGGUCAAAUCAUCCUUGGAGAAUGAAAACCCCAGCGAUGGACCCGAAAUGGGUUAUGGUUCGUUUCAUCAGCAGUAUUGGCUGGACGAUCAACUGAUUGCCGUGGGCGUGAUUGACAUUCUGCCAGCCUGCGUGAGCUCAGUGUACUUCUUCUACGAUCCAGACUAUAGCUUUCUGUCGCUGGGAACCUAUGGGUCACUCAGAGAAAUUGACUUGGUGCAGACUAUUGCUGAGAGUGUGCCCGCCUUGAAAAAUUAUUACAUGGGCUUUUACAUACACUCGUGUCCCAAAAUGCGCUACAAGGGCAAGUUGUCUGCCUCGUACUUGCUGUGCCCAGAGACUUAUGAGUGGUUUCUGCUUACCGAUGCCAUACGUUCUAAGCUAGACGAACAAAAAUAUCACCGCCUAAAUCCCGACCCCAGCGCCCGUGAUGUAAACGAGUUUUUGCUGGAGCAUUUAGACACAGUUAUGCUGUUGUUGGAUGCCCGAACCUGCACUGAUUACAAACAUUACAAGCAGUUACCUAAUCAGGAUAGCGAACACGAACGCGAAAGCGAACGUGAAACCAUUGUGGAGUACAGCAAGCUUGUGGGAAAAGUCUGUGCCAGCCGUAUGCUCUUCGUAAAUAUGUCCUAAAUAUGAAUUCAAAAUUUGUCUAGACUCUCUGUUUAAAGAUUGUAAUUAAAGAAAACUCUUCUAAUUGUUUAUAAUCAAAAGUUACCUUAGCCAAUGAUGUACCCAAGUAAAUUAGCUUUAUCAAGAGCAGUUGUUUUAAAUUAAA